CUUUGAGGGCCCGUCUGUGCUCCAUCUUUUUUGCAACUACCAUCAACCCAGCACAGCUCGCCCAUUUGGACGCGACGAGCGAUUGGCGACCACAGUCACGUUGAGCUUUCACAUCUUGGCCACUUGCAGUGUGCUUUCCAUUGCGUCGAGCAGUCGUUCAUCUUUGCAGUCGACACCAGCGCCCGUGACUUGCUUGGUCGCGCCGUCUCGUAACCGCCCUCCUGAUGGCGUCCUCUUCGCGCGCCGGCGAGCAUCGCCCUGUUCACCAGGACUUUAUCGCCCGGAUACGAUACUCGAAUGCGCUGCCGCCGCCGCCGAAUCCGCCGAAGCUCCUCGACAUCCCUAGCACGGGCUUGUCCAGUGGCCAGUACACAACUCCCGGCUUCGCGUCGCGCCUGGCUCGCGAGCAGCCACUCAACAUCGAAGCCGAUGCAGAGCUUGGCAUGCCGCUCGACCUGGUCGGCAUGCCAGGUGUUUUCGAUGGCGACGAGAGUUCUAUACAAGCACCGCUGCAAGCCCAGCCAAUCCACCCCCACGACCGCCAUCUGCUGAGACCGCUUGCGACGCUCGGCAAGCCCAACGUGUCAGAACCCUCGGUCUCCUUCUUGCGACGUACCGAGUAUAUCUCCAGCAUCACCUCGAAAGCCCGACCCGAUGCGCCUCUGCGCGGACUUUCCAACCCAGUCAAGCGGCAAGUUAAGCGCGCCUCACCCGAACCUGACAAAGACUCGCCGGCCUAUGUUAAGCGGAAGAUCGACCAGAGCUUUGCGGCUGCGGCCGCGAACCUCAAAGACAAGAGCAGGGUCAGACACCCGACGAAGCGCAAUCUCAAGCUCUUGGACGCCUAUCCCCUAUUGCCAGACAUUGAAGCAUUCCCGGAUUCAGGAGCCUAUGUCACGAUCAAGUUCAGCAACAACCCUGUGCCAGCCUCGACGGUCUACGACACGCGUCUGCUUAGUAGCAUCCUGCGACCCAUCGAGAAGAGCGAAGAGGAAGAGGCGGCUUAUCAGGCCGCCAGCGAGGCUCACGAACAGGAUCCCCAGAACAACCCGAAGCCGCCCACAUCUAUGAACUAUGACUUCUACCUGAGUGACUCGGCAGUCUCGGCCGAGAAGUUCCGCAAGAUGUUUGAUAUUGACAACCCGAACCGCGACGACGAGUCCCUCUACACGCACAGCAACGAGGCUGGACCCAACUUCCAGCUCACUCGCUUGCGCGCCUACGAGACAUCGAAAGAGACGGAUCUCGACCACGAGAGGAAAUACGACGAGGAGGUUAUCCUGUCUUUCGACAAUGGAUCCAAUGGUGGCCAGAAGGCCGUGUACUACUAUCCUGUCAUGCAGCGCUCGACGGUCAAGCCGCAGCGCACGAAGAACAUCCACCGAACGAUUGGCGUGGCCCAGGAGGACGAGCAGAUUAUUGAGAAGCUCGACGUGACGGUCACCGAUCCGGACGAGGAGACAAAGGCGGACAUGGACAGGUUCAAGGAGAACCCAUACUCUUACGAGGAGGAGGAGGCUGAAGAUGCCACAGACCGCCGGCAGCAGAACGGCAGGCACCAGAGCCCUGAGCGCCGAAGGAACGGCGCGUCGGAUGACGACGCGGACGGGGACGAGGAUGAGAUCUAGUCUCGAGCCAGGAUGUCUUGGGGUGUCUGCUAUCCGCAAGUAAAGGAUGGCACCGCACAGAGCAGGCAGAAGACAGAUAGAGCCGCCCUUCACACACACGCGCUGGCCCUGUUGGUAGCCAGAGUCUGGAGACAGGAGAGGGCUCGGUAAUACUUUGCAAAAGCAGAAGCAUCGGUGCUUUAGCAGUAUCUUUGUUGCUUGGAAGCAUUUACACGCGUGACAGUAUAUUUACAAUCAAAACCCUGACCACCGC